AUAUUUUUAGUUUCCAUUCUUAGUACAAUAUAGGUUCAAAUGUACUAUAAGUGGUAUCGCAGAUAUGACGCCAUUGACAGGCGACUCACUCGUCCCGUAUCUUUGGUUAAAAUAGCAAUUUUUUGCACGAUUUACAAAUAGUUGGAAACAUUUGGGAUAUUGUAAGUACUCAAGUAAACAAAAUAUAUAACACUGGACUAGUGGUUUUUGGAUAUUUUACUGCAAAAAUCUUACAUAUUGUGCUUUAAACGAUUAGAAGUGUUUUAGUGAAGCUUCAUCAAAUCAACAUCAAGUGAUUUUAAAAUGAUUUUAAUCUGUGAAAACUCUUCAGGUCUGAUAUUCCCACUAGAGUUUCCAGUGUUAGUGAAGAAGGGAUAUUCAGUCACUCUAAACUCUAAUCUUACUGAAAUGAAGGAUGAUGAUGUGAUUCAGUGGAGGUUUGGAAACACUUUAAUAGCUGAAAUCAAUGUAACGGCUGACAGAAUCACUGUAUAUGAUGAUGUUCUUGAUGGGAGAUUCAGAGACAGACUGAAGCUGGACAAUCAAACUGGAUCUCUGACCAUCACAAACACCACAACUGAACAUGAUGGAGUUUAUAAACGAAAGAUCAACAGUGUGGAAAAGAGUUUCAUUCUCGUUGUCUUUGUUCAAAUAUCAGUGAAGGAGGGAGAUUCAGUCACUCUAAACUCUGAUCUUACUGAAAUAAAGGAUGAUGAUGUGAUUCAGUGGAGGUCUGAAUUCACUUCAAUAGCUGAAAUCAAUAAACGGGUCGACAGAAUCACUGUAUAUGAUGAUGUUCUUGAUUGGAGAUUCAGAGACAGACUGAAGCUGGACAAUCAAACUGGAUCUCUGACCAUCACAAACAUCACAACUGAACAUACUGGACUUUAUGAACUACAGAUCAACAGUGUGAGAAAGAUUUUCUUUCUCCGUGUCUUUGUUGAAAUAUCAGUGAAGAAGGGAGAUUCAGUCACUCUAAACUCUGAUCUUACUGAAAUGAAGGAUGUUGAUGUGAUUCAGUGGAGGUUUGGAAACACUUUAAUAGCUGAAAUCAAUGUAACGGCUGACAGAAUCACUGUAUAUGAUGAUGUUCUUGAUGGGAGAUUCAGAGACAGACUGAAGCUGGACAAUCAAACUGGAUCUCUGACCAUCACAAACAUCACAACUGAACAUGCUGGAGAUUAUGUGCUGAUAAAUGGAGCAAAACUAUCAUCAAAAGGUUUCAGAGUUUCUGUCUAUGACUCUGUCCACUGUUGUGGUCCUACUGAAGCUGUGAUCCGAUUGGUCCUCUCUGCUCUGGUGGGCGUGGCUACUGUCAUUCUUCUGGUUUAUGACAUCAGAUCCAGAAGAGCUGAACAACAUCAAGCACAUAUUCACACAUCAGGAAGUAUUGAAAUCUAAAGCAGAACGCUGAACUUUAAAGUUUCUUCAGAUGUUUUUUUUUUUUCAUAAUAAAUACUGAUGAUUAUUCAAUCUUGUUCUCUCUUUUUCAAUGGUAUUUUUUUUAAAAUGCAAUUCAAAAGGCUUUAUUGUUUAUAUUUGCUUGUCUUUAUCAAUAAAG